AUUCGAUACAAAUGAAAAAAUCAAACGAUAUAAUCGGAUCAUACAAUAGUCUUCGAGAUCCUCAUCUAAAAAUUCAUUUUCGUAAACCACAAAUCAGACGUCAUCUUCUUAAAUCGAAUAUUAUCAGUAAAGAUAAUAAAAUUGUUGAUGAAAUAUCAAGUACGAAACAUAAACAAAAUGUUGAAAGAAAACAUCGUCGUGAAUUGUAUCGAAUAUUAAAUGAAAUGGUACAGAAUGGUGAUGAUAACAAUUAUUCGAAUCAUUACGAUUCCAUGAUCGAUACCAAUGAAUUACUUGAUCAUGCAAGAUCUAUUGUUGCUAAGAAUGGCAACAAUGGUAAAAAAUCUGAUCAAACAAAUCCAGAUCAACAACGAACAAUUUUGUUACAGAAACUUGAUCGAAUGAUUAAAACAAUAAAAGAACAUCAUGAACAAGAUUCCAAUAAAACAAAUAUUAGAAAUAGAAAUUUGGAACAAACCAAAUGUAAAAGUCUUCAUGAUAUUUCUACGGGUGAAUAUCAAGAAUCAGCUGGUAUAGCUAUUGCAAAACAGCCCUGUCUAUCAACGCCACAAUUGUCCAGAUUAUCGAUUUCAAAACGUCCUAAAUCUUCAUAUGGUAGAUCAAGACUUCAACGUAGCAUUUCACGUGAUGAAUCUAUUUCCAAUGAUAAUAAAGUUGAUCAUCAUACGAAAUCAAUGUUUAAUAUGAAAAAAUCAAUCAGCUUGGCCACCGUACAAUUACCAGAAGAACAUGAUGAUAAUAAAGAUGAUGAUGAUGAAAUCAAAUCAUUGGAUGGAGAAUCAUUUGAUGAUUCGUCCAAUGAUGAUAAUUAUGAUGAUGACGAGCUUAAAACGCCAUCUCCAGUUUCUCCAUUUAAUUAUAAAUAUUAUAAUGGAAAGAAAACAUUAUUUGCUAUGGAUAUCGCUACGACAAGCAGUAGUAGUGGAAGUUCAGGUUCAAUUUCAAAUAAAAAAUAUUAUGCAUUCGAUAAACGAUUUAUAAAGACAUGUACAUCUGGUAAGCAACGAGUAAAAAUGAUUUUACGUUAUAAUGGUCUAAAUGGUGCCACCAAUAUUGGUGACAAACGUAAUAUCAAAGUUUAUCAACAAAUAACUGUUGGUGGUAAUUCUAUUCUUAUUUAUGAUGGAUUUGUCAAACCGAGAGAAACAUUCACAUUCGACAUACGACCACAUAUAAACAAUUCAUUUGCAAUAAACAUUCUAGUCAAUGGUAUAAGAGAUUUACGUCUGAAUACAUGUUGUGAACGGAAACAUCGACCUGGAACAACAUUAUCACAUUUCACUAUAAUCGAUGUGAUUGGUAGUAGAGCCUGUUUCAAUUGUCAAAUAAUGUUUGCUGAUUAUCAUAAUGUUCAUCAUGUUCAUCAUGAUCAAAUACAAACAUCGAAACAACAAAAUCAACAACAACAAAUAGUGAUGAUCAACGGGGCAUUGUCAUUAGAUCACUAUCAUCAAAAUCAUUACUAUGAUGAUGAUGAAAAUGUUAAUAUUAAACAUCAUAAUAAUAUCAACAACCGUAACAAUGAUAAUAACCAUGAAUCCAUGAGUGAAACGCCAAUAACACCAAAUAGAAUUCAAAUAGAUUUUCUUCCUAUUCCAAUGAUGAAUGGUAAAAAUAAAAAUGUCCAUGAACAAGAACAAAAGGAACAAAUGAAAACAACCUUGGAUCAUAAUUUGAAUAGUUUUGUUGUCCAUAAUGAGAACGGUCAUCAAAAUUAUGAUGAUAAUAACAAAGGUGAUGAAAUAUUAGUACAUGAUACGGAAAAUAUCCACAGGAAUUCGAAUAUUAUAACGGAACAAUCAUCAACAAUAACAUCAGCUAUAAAGUUAAUGAAUAAUGUUGAAAACCAUGAUAAUAAUAAAACAAUGAUGAUGACCACAAGCGGUCAACAUUCAAUGGACAAUUCAAUGAAAAUAAUAGAUGAUUACAAAAAACAUGAUAGAACGAUUCGUUUCGAUUCAGCAACGAAUUUGAAAAAAGUUACUAAAGAAAAUUUAUUGCCAAUGAUUAAUGAUGAUGAUGAAGAAGAUAAUGAUGAUGAUGAUGAUGAUGAUAAUUAUUAUGCCAUAGAUAUCGAUAGUGAAACUAUGCCACAGAUUUUCAUCAACAACAAUCAUUCGAAUUCUGAUGAUGAUGAUGAUGAUGAUGAAUAAAAUAAAUGAUCAUUUGUUUUUCAUUUCCUUUCCAAUUUAUUUAUCUCAAACAAAAAAUAAAGCAUUUGAUCAACAAAACGAUUCUAAAUUCUUUAAUUUCAGUCCAACAAAUAAUCCAUCAGUAAAUUAUCUUGUCUCAUCAUUAAUGAUAAUAAUAAAAAUAAUUUUGAUCGAUUGUUGAAAAUAAAAA